GAAUAAGCUGACAUCAUCUACAAGUUUCGCCACUUUUCGCCACUGUCAAUCCCUAUUGAAAAAUAGAUCGUUGUUGCACUACCGGACGUGAAACCGGAGGAAGCAUCUUCCCAAUCAGCAUAUAGUCAAGCCUACCGGAAUAAACAAUUAGCAAGUAGCAAACAAAAAGCUUAAAGAAUGGCGUCUCUUUCACUUUCGAUUUCACCAAACCCUGACCGCUUAAUCGACGGUAUCUUCGUCUCCCCUCGGAGGCAGUUGCUCCGUCGUGUUGCUAUCAAUUCAAGUCCCUCCGGCUUCAAUUUUCUCACGAAGUUAACGUCAUCUGAGAAAAACAGGAGAAACAAAGUAGCCGCCGUCCGAAUGUCGUCAAUAUCUCCUGCUUCGCACUCGUAUGACGUCGUCGUAGUUGGCGCUGGAAUAAUUGGAUUGAGUAUCGCCCGGCAGCUUCUCAUUGGUUCGCAUUUGUCCGUCGCCGUGGUUGACGCCGCCGUACCUUGUUCCGGCGCUACUGGUGCAGGACAGGGCUAUAUAUGGAUGGUGCAUAAGGUUCCAGGAAGUGAGAAAUGGGAGCUAGCAAUGAGAAGCCGUGAACUAUGGGAGAAGUUUGCAGAGGAUAUAAAGUAUCAAGGAAUGGAUCCUCAAGAAGUUCUUGGCUGGAAGAAGACAGGAAGCUUGUUGGUUGGUAAAACCUCAGGUGAAAUGGCAGUAUUGAAAGAGAAGGUAGAUCAGCUAUCUAAAGCUGGACUCAAGGCAGAGCUCUUGUCUACCAUUGAUUUGAAGGAAAUUGAACCUGUUCUUGUAGUUGGAGAAGAAGGUGGGGCCACCUUUCUACCCAAUGAUUACCAACUUGAUGCUCGGCGUUCAGUUGCAUAUAUAGAAAAGGAGAACAGAAAGUAUGCAACUGAAGGAAGAUAUGGGGAGUAUUACAAUCAGCCAGUAACUGGUUUAUUAAGGUCUGGCAAUGGGGAGGUUGAAGCUGUUCAGACUCCAAAAUAUUCAUUGUAUAGCAAGAAAGCCAUAGUAAUUUCCACUGGAUGCUGGACAGGGUCUUUGAUGCAAGACCUCAUAAGGGAUUCAGAUAUUAAAUUAAAUAUCCCUGUAAAGCCUCGAAAGGGUCACCUAUUGGUGAUAGAGAAUUUUAAUUCCUUUAAAUUAAACCAUGGUUUAAUGGAGAAAUAG